AUGUUUGAUCCUUUGGAUUUAUACACUCCAGAAGAGCCUCCUAAAGAUAUCCAUGUUGUAUUAGAAAGAAGACAAUUGCUAGAAAAUGAGAAAUCGGAAGAUAACAUACUAGAAUCGUAUAGCAACGGAGAUGACGAGGACUAUAGUAUGUUAUCGCCUCUUCAAGUAUUAGACCUACCACCACCACAAACUACUCCUGCUGAUAUCCUGGAAACCACACUAAUAUUAUUAGGGCCUUCUACUCAAUUAAAUUUUAAUAAUGAGGUUCCAUCGAUAGAUCGUUCAGAAGUUACGACUGAACAACUAGAUGAAUUGUGCCACUGGAAUAUUAUCAAUAAACCAUAUUCCUAUCUGACGACUAAAGAUUCCUUGUUGACACGUUUACCUUCUCUUUCCACACAAUGCUCAUCAGGAUCACCCGUUAAAUUAUUAUCAUAUUAUACUUCUAUUCUUCAUCGUUGUGAAAAUAACCCUGAAUUAACACAGCUAUCGACUAUUGUAGCCAAAAGAAUAGCAGAAUUAUGUGGUAGAACUGCACAGCCUUCCAUGACUAGAGAUUUUCGAAUUAAUAAUUUAGAAAAGACUAUUAAAUUGUAUGAGCCUGCUUUAACAUCAGAUAAUUUAGGCCAUAAGACGUGGGGUUCCUCUCUUGUCUUGGCAAACCGUAUACCUACUUUAGAAAAUUGUUCUGGGUCUUCUAAACCAAGGGUUUUAGAAUUAGGGUCAGGGACCGGGUUAGUUGGUAUCACAUAUACUAUUUCUCAUUCAAAUGAAUUUUCUCAAGUAUUUUUAACAGAUUUACCUGAAAUUGUACCCAAUUUAAGAACAAAUGCCAAAUUAAACGAUCUUUCUACACACAAUUCAGUGAUUGCUGAUGUAUUAGAUUGGACAAAUCAUGAUUCAUUCGUUGAAAAAUAUGGGGAUAUACAAUUUGAUAUUAUACUAAUUGCUGAUCCAAUAUAUAGUCCUCAACAUCCAAUCUGGUUAAUGGAUACUGUAAAAAGAUUUUUGAAAAAAAAUGGGGAAGUUCAUUUAGAAUUACCAAUUCGAACCAAAUAUAAUAAAGAAAGAGAAACUCUUUGGCGUAUUAUUGAGGAAAAGGGAUUAGAAGUGCUUGAAGAAGAUUAUGAACAAGGUAUAGAUGAUUGGGGUCAAGUGGAGUAUAUAUAUAAGAGAUUGGCAUACCCUUCUACAAAUUAG